CAACUUAUUCAAAGCUUAGAACACACGUGUUUAUGGAAUGAAAAUUUCAAAGAAAGGUAUAAGAAGAAACUGAAUUUAUUCCUAGUUUUCUUUUUCCUUUAUACCUCAAUCACCCUUCAACAUCAAAAUCUCAUUCUCUCUCUUUCUCUCUCUAAAAUUACUUUCUCUCUCUAGAAUGGCGACUCCACCAGUAGUCAAAUUCCCGAUCUUCGCAACGGUGAGAGUUAUCGGAGUUGUGAUCGCUAUUCUUCUCUUAACAUGGGUUGUUCAUUUCAGAGGAGGACUCGCUCUUGUUUCUGAUGACAAAAGUCUCAUAUUCAAUGUUCAUCCGGUGUUGAUGGUGAUUGGCCUUGUUCUGAUCAAUGGUGAAGGGAUGCUUGCGUACAAGACGGUAUCCGGAACUAAAAGCUUCAGAAAAUCAGUUCAUCUAGCAUCACAGUUUCUUGCUCUCAUUUUGAGCUUAAUUGGUCUCUGGGCUGCUUGGAAAUUUCACAAUGACAAGGGCAUUGACAAUUUCUACAGCCUGCAUUCAUGGUUAGGCCUUGCCUGCCUUUUCCUAUUCUUCAUCCAGUUGGCUGCUGGAUUUGCAACAUUUUGGUACCCAGGAGGCUCAAGAAAUAGUAGAGUCGCACUAAUGCCAUGGCAUGUGUUCUUUGGUAUCUAUAUCUAUGCAUUGGCUAUAGCCACAACUGCUACUGGUCUUUUAGAAAAGGCUACAUUCCUUCAAACCGGCAACGUCAUAUCGCGAUAUUCCAAUGAAUCACUUUUGGUCAACUGCUUAGGCAUUUUGAUUGUUGCUUUAGGUGGCUUUGUUAUUCUCGGUUUAGUUACGCCGACUUAUAAUAAAGCUGAUGAUUUAAGAGGAAAUGAGUGAGUGAUUAUAUAUUUCAAAAAAUGAGAACAUGAUGAACGGUUGUAAGAUCCUUUUAGGUUGCAUGGAUUGUUGUAUGAACAAACUCUUCAACAUAUAUACACAAGUUUCAUUUUCUUUUCAGAGUUGAAUGUUUGUUUUGCUUUUAUCAAUGAAUAAUUUAUUUGUUUGUUUCGUGCA